CGGAAGGUGGCCUCAUGCCCUCAUCUUUUAGGUCAACCAAAAUUCAAGUUUCAGACCGCAAGCGUGGACUUCUUCCAUGAUCGAUCAUAUUCAUAUUCAUAUGAUCUACAACCUUCUAACUUAACUUUUACCCCAAAUUUCCUCUACUUUACUUGAGGCGUUUUUCUUCCUACAUCAAUUGCAGAUUCACUUCAAUCUUUUCUCUGAUUAGCACGAGAAAUAUGGGUUUAUUAAACCCUAAUCAAAGACCAUCAAGAGGCAUUCCAUUAGAUUCUCAUAUACCUAGCACCAGUAGCAGCAACAGCUCAUCAACGUCAUCAUCACCAAGCAAUACCCAUAAUUCGAGGAAGAAAUGGUCCAAUUUUUUGCCUGUAUUCCUAGUCCUAGUUUUUAUAGCUGAGAUCAGUUUCCUAGGUCGACUCGACUUGAUUAAGAACGCCGAUCUCCUAAAUUCAUGGACGGAAUCAUUCUACCAAUUUACGACGGCUUCCUUCUCAUCCUCUUCUCUUGAUACCGCCGAUGAGGUAUCAAUGUUUGGGUUGUCUGAAGCCGCCUUGGAUGUGUUAGAUUCCGGCGAUGGCGGUGAGAGUUGCGAGGAGUGGUUGGAGAGAGAAGACUCCGUGGAAUAUUCUAGGGAUUUCAAAAGUGAACCUGUAUUUGUCACUGGUGGCGAACAGGAGUGGAAAUCUUGUGCUGUGAACUGCAAGUUUGGGUUUGAACAGAAGAAGGCUGAUGCUGCAUUUGGGUUACCCAAUGGGGGUGGGACAGCUGGCGUUCUUCGAUCAAUGGAGUCAGCUCAAUACUAUGCUGAAAACAACAUUGCCAUGGCUCGACGGUGGGAAAGGAUAUGACAUCAUUAUGACCACAAGUCUGUCUUCAGAUGUCCCUGUUGGUUAUUUUUCAUGGGCAGAAUAUGACAUAAUGGCCCCUGUUCCUCCAAAAACCGAAAAAGCAUUAGCAGCUGCAUUUAUAUCAAAUUGUGCUGCAAGAAACUUUCGUUUACAAGCCCUUGAAGGCCUUGAAAAGUCAAACAUCAAGAUUGACUCUUAUGGUGGUUGUCAUCGAAAUCGUGAUGGAAAUGUAAACAAGGUUGAAGCUUUGAAGCGUUAUAAAUUCAGCUUAGCUUUUGAGAAUUCAAAUGAAGAAGAUUAUGUCACUGAAAAAUUCUUUCAGUCCCUUGUUGCAGGAACUAUCCCUGUUGUUGUUGGUCCUCCAAAUAUCCAAGAUUUUGCUCCUGCCCCUGGUUCCAUUUUACAUAUUAAAGAAUUAAAAGAUAUAAAUCCAGUUGCUAAAACCAUGAAAUAUCUUGCAGAAAAUCCCAUUGCAUUCAAUGAAUCUUUAAGAUGGAAAUAUGAUGGGCCUUCGGAUUCAUUUAAGGCCCUUGUAGAUAUGGCUGCUGUUCAUUCAUCUUGUAGAUUAUGCAUUUUUCUUGCAACAAGAAUCCGUGAAAAAGAAGAAAAAAGUUCCACGUUCCCAAAACGCCCUUGCAAGUGUAGAAAAGGGUCCGAAACUGUUUAUCACAUGUAUGUAAGAGAAAGAGGAAGGUUUGAGAUGGAAUCGGUUUUUCUAAGGUCAGGAAAUUUGACCAUGGAGGCUUUGGAAACCGCAAUUUUCUCAAAGUUCAAGUCUCUAAAACACGAACCAAUUUGGAGAAAUGAGAGGCCCGAAAGCAUAAGAGGUGAUGAAAAUGUGCUCAAAAUUUACAAAAUCUACCCUCUUGGUUUGACACAAAGGCAAGCUUUGUAUACUUUUAGUUUCAAAAGUAGUAAUGCAUUUGAAAGUCAUAUAAGAAGCAACCCGUGUGCGAAAUUUGAAGUCAUCUUUGUGUAAAAUUACGACAUUACCCCUCUUAAAGGUAAGGUUGGUAUGUUGUUGAGAUGGUGAAGUUCUAAGUAGAAACAUGAAGGGGAGAGAGAGAGAGAGUAGUAAUCAUGUGAUUGAAUUUUGAUUUCUUUGAUUUUGAAAUUAUAAAAUGUAAACCUUGAUUUGAUAGUAUUUUGUUUGAGUAGUGAGAGGACGGAGAAAGAUGGAACUUUAUAAUGUGUUUGUUUUGUUAUUUUUAAGCAAUG